CAGAAUCCCAGGCUGGCUGGCAUGAAUGAGAGACGGCGGACAGAAAUACCGGCUUGAAAAGCCUCAAACUGGAAUAGUACGGUGGUAGCUAGGCAACGGCCUUGACGCAACCACACACACACACACACACACACACACACACACACACACGGUGGGAGAGAAGUCCCUUUGAAAAAAAAGAGAAACAGAUGCACACACAUUUUUCAAAGCCAAGAGAGACACAGCCAGUGACUUGGAGGUUUAGAGGAGGACUGGAAGCAACAUCAGCAGCAGCACAGCUGAAGAUAUUCAAGUUAGAAAGCCGAGCUUUGAGAGGCAGAGCAAAGCAUUGAAGUCUCACCACUGGAAUAUUAAUGGGGGAUGCCCCUGACGCCAUGCAAAUUCUGGUAAGUUUAAUAUAUUUUUAACUCUCCAGCUUCUCUGCCACCUUCCAUCCCACCCACCACCUGAAAGGAGGCAGGGAAUGAUCGUUUCCUGAAGAUGUUAUCGGUACCUUAUCAAUGGUGUGCAAAUUCUUGCACCCGUGCUUACCCAAGGGCUCUUACUAGCAGGUGGAGACUUUGACAUUUACGCAUCUUGUUCCCCAGGGCAAUUUCAUCCUAUAUAUACAUAUAUUUCUAAAAACCACGAAGGUUGCGACUGCAAGAGUGCAGCUUCGGCAGCCGGUUCCGCAGAAAGGAACACGCCCCUUCGUCCCCUAAAACCUGCUUAAAGGAAUUAGGAUAGAUGUCUCUCUGCUUAUCUUCUGAUAAGGGACGGCAGGCUUUAUGUCUGAGCCUGUUGCUUGCUGGGUGUGUGAGCAGCCCCACAACAGCACUCCUUCUGACCGCUCUCUCUCACACACACCCCGCCAAGAAGUCAUGAGGGGUGCAGGAAGCGUGGUAUCAACGAUAGAAGGACAAUAGGACGUGAGGUUUCAAGUAAGAGCAGCCGAGAUGCCUUCUGGUUGUGGGGAGAUGUGGAAUGGGGAGCAGCGCUUUGAAUGAAGCAGCGUCCACAAAUACAGCGAGCAGAAAAGGUAGUGAGAUUUUGUUUGAACCCAUGUUGCACCUAGUUGAAUGUGAUGGGUCCUGUGGUUUCUGCAACUGGAGAGAACGAGGGCAGAUCAGCCCAUUCCUGUCUCUCUCUGUUUUUCUUAUUCUUCCUAUCUUGAAUCCGGUACUCCACAUUUCCCCAUGAAUUUGCACGUAAAGAGAAAAAUCUACUAGUCCUCAUGAACAUUCACCUGUAUUUUAGUGCAAAUUUCUCCGUCUGCGAAUAUUUCUGUGUGCAUUCCCCCCCACCUUAAUCUACAUUAUGUUUUUUGCAAAGCAAUUUCCCCCAAUUUAAUGCAUUUUUAUAUGCUGUUUUCCCCAAACUGUGCAUUUCUAUGCAUGCUUCAUCCCAGUGUAUGCACAUUCACGCCUGUUACUUGCCCAGCAAAAUUCGCACAAGUGUGAAUUUGAGAAGAGGACUCCGCAUAUUAUUUCAAAAAGUGCAAAUUUCGUAUGUUCGCCUUUGAAUGAGAACUGGAUUCGAAUUUCUCCCCUCAGAGCCUGUGAUUUUCAUAUGAUUGCAGACUCAGCUCCCCACCCCCGUCUUCGAAAGCCUUACUGAAAAGGUUCACGUUCCACACCCUUUGCAGUUCUCAUUGAUGAAAUGGGUGGGUUUUCCCUCCCUCUCUCCUUUUGUCUGCUGUUCUGCAUACUCUUUUUGAAAAUGCGAAAGAAAAGCAAUCCAAAGGUGGGUUCUCUUCCACAGCUAGUGACAGGUUUUGAUCUCAGCCCUUGGGGGAGGAUGCUCAGGAGGUCUGCUUGGCAUGCAGACGGUCUCAGGUUCAACCCUUGGUAGGGAACAUCUCCUGCCUCAGACCCCAGAAAGUCCCUGCUCAGAUGAACCAGUGGUCUGAGUUGGUAUAUAAGACACCUUCCUAAGUUCCUAACUCCUCAGGAUCCAAGACUGGAAAGGGUGCUUUAGAAGCCAAAAAGAAAAUAAGAAAGGUUGUUGCUCUUGUUGUUUGCUAUCAAAUGGGGUGGAUCCAUUUUUAGCACAGUUUGCAAAUACAGUGGUACCUGGGGUUACAUACACUUCAGGUUACAUAUGCUUCAGGCUACAGACUUCACUAACCCAGAAAUAUUACCUCGGGUUAAGAACUUUGCUUCAGGAAGAGAACAGAAAUUGUGCUCCUGUGGCGCGGCAGCAGCAGGACGCCCCAUUAGCUAAAGUGGUGCUUCAGGUUAAGAGCAGUUUCAGGUUAAGAACAGACCUCCAGAAUGAAUUAAGUGCUUAACCUGAGGUACCACUGUAUGCACAAAAGGAUGCUUUUCUGUUUUCAAAAACGUACCUACCUAAAAAGGCAGUAUGCCACUAAUAAUAAUAAUAAUAAUAAUAAUAAUAAUAAUAAUAAUAAAAUUAUUUAUACCCCGCCCAUCUGGCUGGGCUUCCCCAGCCACUCUGGGAGGCUUCCAACAAAAUAUUAAAAUACCGUAAUACAUCAAACAUUAAAAGCUUCCCUAAACAGGGCUGCCUUCAGAUGUCUUCUAAAAGUCUGGUAGUUGUUGUUAUCUUUGACAUCUGGUGGGAGGGCAUUCCACAGGGCGGGUGCCACUACCGAGAAGGCACUCUGCCUGGUUCCCUGUAACUUGGAUUCUCGCAGGGAGGAACCGUCAGAAGGCCCUCGGAGCUGGACCUCAGUGUCCAGGUAGAAUGAUGGGGGUGGAGACACUCCUUCAGGUAUACUGGACCGAGGCCAUUUAGGGCUUUAAAGGUUAGCACCAACACUUUGAAUUGUGCUCAGAAACGUACUGGGAGGCAAUGUAGGUCUUUCAAGACUGGUGUUAUGUGGUCUCAGCGGCCACUCCCAGUCACCAGUCUAGCUGCCGCAUUCUGGAUUAGUUGUAGUUUCCGGGUCACCUUCAAAGGUAGCCCCACGUAGAAUGCAUUGCAGUAGUCCAAGCAUGCACCACUCUGACGAGACAGUCUGUGGGCAGGUAGGGUCUCAGCCUGCGUACCAGAUGGAGCUGAUAAACAGCUGUCCUGGAGACAGAUUUGACCUGUGCCUCCAUGGACAGCUGUGAGUCCAAAAUGACUCCCAGGCUGUGCACCUGAUCCUUCAGGGGCACAGUUACCCCAUUCAGGACCAGGGAGUCCUCCACACCUGCCCGCCUCCUGUCCCCCCAAAACAGUACUUCUGUCUUGUCAGGAUUCAACCUCAAUCUGUUAGCCACCAUCCAUCCUCCAACCGCCUCCAGACACUCACACAGGACCUUCACCGCCUUCACUGGUUCUGAUUUGAAAGAGAGCUAGAGCUGGGUAUCAUCCGCAUACUGAUGAACACCCAGCCCAAACCCCCUGAUGAUCUCUCCCAGUGGUUUCAUGUAGAUGUUGAAAAGGAAGGCAAUUAUUAUAAUUCAAUCAAGGAGUUCAAGGCAACAUUCAUCAUUCUCUACUCCCCCUUUUUUGCCCACAACAACCCUGCGAUGUAGGAUAGGUUGAAAGACAGUCUAGUCCCAAGGUCACCCAGUGAGCUGCGUGACUGCGGUGGGAUUUGAACCCAAGUCUCCCCAGUCCUUGUCUAGCACUCUGACCAGUACAUCACACAUGCCUAGAAAUGCUGGAUUUCUUGAGUUAAAAUUCUGGCAAUCUUAGCACCAUGUGACCCCCCCACCAAGGUUCAAGCAAACAGACCCUGGGAGAGAUUUCCCCAAGGGCAUAAUGCGCUGAUAUAAUACGAAUCUCCCAUUUAUUAUUCAUUGGCUUAGCUCCUAUAUUUGUUUACCCAUUUGCAGGCUCACGUCCAUGCAUCCAUUUAAAUGAGGAGGAUGUUCCUUUUUUUUUUUUUGCAAUGCACAGCUUUGGGAAGGUGGAAAAAUGCUGUUCUGCAAUUUCUCAACCUCCUUCUGCAAAAGCACUAGAAAAUUGCAUCCUGUUGUCAGCAAACGCUAAGGACUCUCAGCAGGGCUGGAAUGAAUUUGUUCCUGCAAAUUUUCUUAUCCUAUUUUUUAACAUCAAAUAUUUAGCGGCGCGAUAGGAAAUCGAAAUGAUGGCCUCAUGCUGAUGAUAAGCGGAAUUCCAAGUUGUUGGGAUUUUAUUUUUAAUGGGGUAUCUGGGGCCUUGAUCAAUCAUUGGCCCUUGGCAUAGGUCUGAUAUGACAGUCUACUGCUGGCUUCCUCAACCUCAGCCCUCCAGAUGUUUUUGGCCUACAACUCCCAUGAUUCCUAGCUAGCAGGACCAGUGGUCAGGGAUGAUGGGAAUUGUAGUCCCAAAACAUCUGGAGGGCCGAUGUUGAGGAAACCUGGUCUACUGAAUGGUCACUUAGCACUGUGUGCAUGCAGAACCGAAACCAGGGGUGGCUAGUCUGUGCCCCGCAGGCCAUUUCUGCCCAGCGGCAGAGCAAGCUGAUUGGGCGCCUGGGGCGGCACGCAUGCCCUGUGCCCAGGGGUGGGGCCAGCCACCCGCAGGGGUGGGGCGAGCCGGGAAGGACAUACCGUGGGGCCUCUGAGGAGUCUGCCUGCCUCCUCCCACUCAGCCGCCCUACAGCUGGGGGGCAGGCAGCGGGCGGACUGUUUGGGCAGCGCGAAGCCUGCGGACACCCAAGCCACCGCGUCUGUGAUGGCCUGAGACUCGGGCUCGGACUCAGAGCCAGAGGAGUCUCAGUCCGCACCAGACCCUUUGCCUCGGGCGGCAGCUGAACCUAGUCUGGGGCCUGAUUCUGAAGAGCCCCAGUCUGCACAGGUUCCCCUGCAACAAACACCAGCUGGGCCGAGUCAGGGGCCUGAGCCUGCCCUGGCUCCAGAUGCGGGGAUUACCUCGUUGCCUCCAGGUGGGCCAUCACUUACAGCUGCUCCACUACCGGUUGGGUCAGGGGAGGCUGAGGUGGCCCCUGGGUUUAGUAACCCACCGACGUCUCCCGAGCUGCAGAGACUGAGGUCUGAGAGAAGGAGAGACCUGAGUACUUGCAGGAGGAGUGCUUGCCUUUGGGUGAGACAGGGAGGUGAGUCACCGGAGGAUCAGGACCGGCCGUUAUCCCGACAGAGAUAAAAGGCUGCUGGAUCCUGCCCCAGGUUGCGGGAGCAACGUUGCUGUUUCCCGAACCUGCCUGUGAUCCUGGACCUGUCCUGUCCUGGUUUCCUGCCUCGUGCCCUGUCUUGGCCCUGUCGGACUGACUCCCCACGGAACCCUUGGAUUCAGGACUGGACCUGGACCGCGUUGCUCGGGUUACCCCCGGGCCUAGCACAGCGUCUCUCCCAGGAGAGUCGUGUGGCUAGGGCACGCUACAGGCCCCAUGGUGAGUACCACCCGGCAUUUUGCCACCCCCUCAGUGGUGACACCAGGGUCGGACCGUCCCCACCUCCCCCUUCCUCUGCCCCUGUUUCUAUCCCCCCAAAAAAGUUUUAGGGCCUAAAUCGAGUGGGGCACCUUUGGCCCUCCAGAGUUGUUGCUGAACUACAACUCCCAUCAGCCAUUCCAUUUGCCUAUUUCCCUCCUCCAAAUGUAGGCAAGUAUUCGGAGGGAGGGUGGUGGGAUUGCCCAUGCAUGACACGUCCUCUAAAGCAAAACAAUUUAAAAUCUCUUUUCAAACUGGCACCCAGUUUUCUUUCACACAGCCCAACACCCCCUUGCUUGGUUUUCCCCUUGCCACUAAAGGACAGGGAAGAAAGUGUGGCUGUGGAAGAUGCUUUUCUUCUUUUUCUUUUUUGAAGAGCCUCGUUGCUCACCCGUGGCUUCAAAGCUUGCUGGCCAUCUCUUCGCUGAUCACUAUGGCAACGUUUAUCAAUGCAAAGUUGCCACAGAGAAAGUGCUGAAGCUUGAUGUAGGAGACCCACCGCCUCACAGGUGUGGCUCCUGUCAAUAAAACAAAAUAAAGUAAAAUUUAUCCUUUUUGGUUUUUUAAAAAAACCCCAUGAACAGAAGGGAGAAAGCCUAAACAGCCUCGGCCCAGUAUACCUGAAGGAGCAUCUUCACCCCCAUCGUUGUGCCUGGACACUGAGGUCUGGCUCAGAGGGCCUUCUGGCGAUUCCCUUAUUGCGAGAAGCAAAGCUACAGGGAACCAGGCAGAGGGCCUUCUCAGUAGUGGCACCCGCCCUGUGGAACGCCCUCCCAUCAGAUGUCAAAGAGAUAAACAACUACCUGACAUUUAGAAGACAUCUGAAGGCAGCCCUGUUCAGGGAAGUUUUUAAUGUGUGACAUUUUAAUGUAUUUUAAAUCUUUGUUGGAAGCCCAGAGUGGCUGGGGAAACCCAGCCAGAUGGGCGGGGUGCAAAUAAUUUCUUCUUCUUCUUCUUCUUCUUCUUCUUCUUCUUCUUCUUCUUCUUCUUCUUCUUCUUCAUCUUCCCCAGUCUGAGAGUACACUAAAUAUAGUAUAUUUCCAAAAGGAAUCAAAGUUGUUUGGAGACAUGGUCUCUAAGUCAUUCAUAGGAAGCUGCCAUAGCACAGGCUAUUUUAGGAUAAACACUUGCCAAAAGUAUGCCUCACUCUCACACAUGAAAGGAUUAUUUGCAUCUGCAUAGAUGCACACAUAGAAAUAAUUACUGUAAUUGAAACUGAAAUUAUAGUCAACAAAAAGGCAAAAUAAAGGUAAUGCGAUUCAACAAAUGCAUCAACAAGAGUCUAGUUGUCCAGGUCAGGGGAAGUGAUAGUUCUACCCCAUUCUGCCUUGGUCAGACCGCACAUGGAGUCCUGGGCCCAGUUCUGGUUCCACAGUUUAAGAAGGAUAUUGACAAGCUGGACCAUGUGCAGAAGGGCAACCAAAAUGAUCAAAGGUUUGGAAACCAAGCUUUAUGAGGAACAGUUAAGGGAUUUGGGUGUGCUUAGCCUGGAGAAGAUGAGACUGAGAGGCAAUAUGAUAGCCAUUAAUACGAUAAUCUUUAUUGUCAUUGUCCCAUACAGAACAACGAAAUUGAAAAAACCUACAUCAGACAUUCAAAACCCAACAAGCCUGCUAUCCCAGCUAUCCCAGCCUGGUUAACCCCCUAAAAAUUCUGAUAUCCCAUAAUUCAAUACAAUAUACUUCCAUAGAGACUACCUUACACUGCAUUUAAAACCAAAAUCGCAUUUGGAUAGAAACUGUUUCUCAGGUGGCUAGUCCUAGUCUUUAUAACCCUGUACCUUCUUCCAGAAAGCAGAAGCUGAAAGAGUUCAUUUCUGGGGUGCGCACUAUCCUGCGCUAUCUCUGCAGCUUUCUUAUGGCACCUGGAAGCAUAGAUUUGAUCCAAGGUGGGAAGAGUGCACCCAAUUAUUCUCUCUGCAGUCUUUUACAACCCUGGACAGCAUUGUUUUUCCCCUGACUGUACAGCUCCCAAACCACACACAGAGACCAUAAGUUAAUACACUCUCAGCAGUACAAUGGUAAAAUGCCAUCAACAGGUCCUUUGAGAGAUUCAAAUAUCUUCACAUUGAAGAUGGAGCAAGCUCAUAGAAUAAUAGAAUCUUAACGUUGGAAGGGACCCAGGGGGCAGUAGAUUUGUAGAGCUGGGUGGAAACCCAAGGGACGUGCUUAGUUGAAUUUCCCGAAAUGCAGGAUUCACAGCUAAAGCAUCUCUGACAGACGACCACCCAACCUCUGUUUAGAAACCACCAUGGAAGAAGAGCCCACCAACUUCUGAAGUGGUCCAUUCCACUGCUGAAUGGCUCUCACCAUCAGAAAGUUCUUCCUAAUGUUCAGUCAGAAUCUCAUUUCUAUGUGGCAGCCCUUCAGAUAUUUGAAGAUGGGUAUCAUAUCACCUCUCAGUCUUCUCAUGUCCAAUUUCUUUAACUGUUGUCUCCAGCCUCUUGGUCACCCUCCUCUCAACUAGUUCCAGCUUGUCAAUAUCCUUCUUCAUGAUGGUUUUCAUGGGGGCUGCAGCAUGCGAGAGGGGUAUAAUUCUCCUCCCUGCCCAGGUCCUAACAAUAAUAGCACCAUUCCUUCUGGCAAGAUGAAACGCUUGUGCUGGUAAGACAUUCAAUAUAGCACAAUGUGGAAUUCCUAUUGUGGACUGUGGGUUAAACCACAGAGCCUAGGACUUGCCGAUCAGAAGGUCGACAGUUCGAAUCCCCGUGACGGGGUGAGCUCCCUUUGCUCGGUCCCUGCUCCUGCCAACCUAGCAGUUUGAAAGCACACCAGUGCAAGUAGAUAAAUAGGUACCGCUCUGGUGGGAAGUGACAGAGGCAGGAUGUUUUUAUUACUGUGUUUCUGUGAUGUAGGUCAUUUGCCCUCUGUUCUUUCUCUUUGCUGUCUGACGCUGAAGAGGAAGGAGCUGAGUUACCAUGCUCCAAGUGUGUAUAUGUAAAUAAACGUAUAGCCAAAACCUGUGCUACUGAGUCUGAACGCUGACUGUCUAUACUCUGCUGAUCCUGAUGUGUGCUGAUGCCUCUUGGUAUCAGACGCAGUGAUGUUUGGGCUGGAGAAAGCUUUUGAAUCUCCCGAAAGAACGACAAGGAGGGCAUGUGUCUCUGCUGGACUCCUACUCAUGUGUAGGACCUCCUGACAGUUGCUGCUCUGAACACCCAAAUUGCAUCUCUCCCCAUUUACUGUCAAAGCCUGUUGCUUUCUGGGGUGUGCAGGGUCUUAUAGAUUAAAUGUCCCUCCCUUCACAUACUGACAUGCUCUGCACAGGUGCAAUGGAUGUUUUCCAACUCUCUGAGGGUAAUGAGCCGUGCCUCCCCUUCGGCUAAAGUCGCCUCAUUUUACUCCAAAGAACUGGGAGGAAUGCAAAGAUCAUACUUGGCUUUGGUUCUGGAACUCCAUCCAACGCCUCUAAGAAGGGGUUGAAUUUCUUUAGGGUACAGAAGGACCUUGUCAACAAAGGGCUUAGAACUUCUUCUUAUCUUGUCAGGGAAGAUCCUGAAAUCUGCCAGCUUUGUGGCUGGAAUCUUUUCAUAACAGCUUGCAUUAUGCCGCCCUUAUCUGGGUUUCUGAUCUGCACCUGAUGCAGCCACUCCUUGCAAACGCCUGUAACAUUCUCUUUCUUUUUCUUUUCUUAAAAUGCUUCCUGGUUAUGAGUAGGGCUGCUUGUGACUUUUUAAAAAGUUGGGUGACGAUAUGUGAACUAUGUAACGGGAGCUCCUUCAAGCUGCAAAGGAAUGCUAAUUGCUUAAGUAUAUACUUAAAUACCUCUCCACUGUAAUAAUGCAAACACCGUCCACUUACGCACUUUGAGGUACUUGAUUAAAGAAUGAGCUUGCGGCAUCAGAAUGUUCUAGCAAAGCCGUUAGUUUUCUACAGAGGUAGGCAGGGGGGUUAUCUCUGUUGGGAUUCCUGUCCCAUGUUUGUAGUCAUGAGAUUGCUGUCUAUCACAUGACGGUGUAUGUUUUCAUUCCACAGUGUGGGAAGAAGAUGGAGACAGGAUGUUUUGUACUACUGUGUUCCGGAAAGUAGGACUGUUGUCCUUUGUUUCUUUCUCUUUGCUGUCUGAUGAGAAAGAGGAAAGGAGCUAAGGCAGAAUGCUCCGAGUGUAUUAUAUGUAAAUAAAGUAGAUUAGCCAAAAUGCUGUGCUACUGAGGUCUGUUACGCAAACAACGAAUACACUGUGGAUCCCUAAGUAUGCUUAUCCUUCUUGGUCGCUGUGAUGUUUGGGCUGAAGAAAGCUUUUGAAGCUUCCGAACGAUCGACCAUGAGGGAGAGAACAUGCCGGUCGGGCAUGUGUCUCUGCCAGGGUCCUACACAAGAGUAGGAUGCUCCUAACAAUCUCUGUGUUGUGCAAGCAAUGAAGAUCCCACAAUCCAAUUCCGCAAGGUUGAAGGUGACUCUGCUACCUCUUGCAAACAUCUCCUCCAUCACAGGAAUCAUAAAAUUGGAGAGUUGGAAGGGACUGUGAGGCUCAUCUAGUCCAGCCCCCUUCGAUGCAGGAAUAAGCAGCUGUCUCAUAUGGCGAUUGAUCCUGCAACCUUGCCAUUAUCAGCACCGUGCUCUAACCAGCUGAUCUAGGAGAGGAGAGUGCUCUUGUGCUCUUGAGUGCUUAUGUGAUCUGCUGGAGCACAAGGGCAAUUGGUGGUCCUUCAUUGCUACAGCAAGUGAAAAAGGUGAUAGCAAGGCUUUCACGUUUGCUCGUGACCUUUUACUGUAGCCGUAAAGAGAGUCGGAGAAUGAGAAAUAUAACCAAGCAGAGGCCAGAUUCAUCUCCUUUUUUAAUGAGGUUCCUGCUUCACAAUAGCUGUUUCGAAGGCAGCAGGUCUUUGCAAGACUGCGUUUCUAAUUAAAAGCCAUUUCGGUCAGCUGAUGACCUUUCAUUAAAGUUCAAUGUCUUCCACAUCUUGAACCUAUGCAACGAGAAGCAAGCACCACUGAGGUCAAGGAAGCUUACUCACAGGAAACAAUGCACGGGAGUUAGGAUUGCUGUCAUGUUGAUCCUAAUCAAUUGGCUAUCAUGUUAUUUACUUCUGCUCUUUUGGGGAAGAUGUUGGUGUUAGACACGCACAUUAAAUAUAUCCCCAUUGAGUCCGAAAGGCCAAGCCAACUGCUCUGAUCAUCAGCACUUGAAAAGCACUGUGCCUUUGUCCAUGCUGGUUGAUUCCAAAAGGUGUGGGCCAAACCAGGUCACUUGAUGCCAUUGGGAUGUCAAGUGAUUGACAGGUAGGCAGCCUCACCUGGGUAGAUCAUCUCCUAGAGAACGCCAAGACAUUUCUUGGUGGGGACACCGGCAUGCAAUUCCUUCACCACACUCCCAAAUCGAGAUUGACCCUUUCACAGCAAAGCAUAUAUGGGUGGUGAAGGUAAAGGUAAAGCGACCCCUGACAGUUAAGUCCAGUCACAAACGACUCUGGGGUUGGGGCACUCAUCUUGUUUUACAGGCCGAGGGAGCCAGUGUUUGUCCGCUCCGCAGACAGUUUUUCUGGGUCAUGUGGCCAGCAUGACUAAGCCGCUUCUGGAGCAACAGAACACUGACACCAGAACAAUGCACGGAAACGCUAUUUACCUUCCUGCCGGAGCGGUACCUAUUAAUCUACUUGCAUUUUUGGCGUGCUUUCCAACUACUAGAUUGGCAGGAGCUGGGACCGAGCAACAGGAGCUCAGCCAGUCAUGGGGAUUCGAACCACUGACCUUUUGAUCAGCAAGCCCAAGACUUAGUGGUUUAGACCACAGUGCCACCUGCAUAGUGUGUGGUAGUGUGGUUCAAAUGGUAAACUGCCUCACCAGGAAUCCAAUGUUGCUCUGAGACAUUUUCUGUUGUAAGUGACAAAUAAAUGCAAAUAAUAACUAUCAUUAAUAUUUGUAUUAAAAUUAAAAUACAUUGUGAUGUUGACUCACUUGUGAGAAUCAGCCCUGGGACUUUUCGAAGUUAAGUUCUCUCUCUCUCUCUUUCUCUGUAAAUUUCCAGGCUGACAUAUUUCUUCCUGGUGGCUUUAAUUGAUUGCUCAAUAUAUUUUUAUCACACAGAUGGCAGUUAACCUCUCCUCUGGCUGGAGGGACUUUCAAGGCUGACUGCAGUCCUCCUGGAUACAUGAACGCUCUUUCCUCGAAGAAAAUCUCGCCGAUUUGCCUCCAAACAUUGCGAGGAAAAGGCAAGCUGGAGACAGGUAAGUCCCGUUCACCUCAGCUUCAGUUUAUGAAUUAUGGUGGAGGGAGGGAGAGAGGAAAACGAAUUCCCUGCAUGAAGAGCCAGUUGCAUUUAUGGCCCUUGCUAAACCGCUCCCCUUGAUUAAGAAGAUCUUCCUCUAGAUAGGGGAAUAGAUUCACAGUAACCAUGGUGAUGGGCCUCCCUAAGUCAAAGGUCAUUUGUGCAGCCAUCAUUUUGGACAGGAGAAGCCGAUGUCUGAGAAGGAAGUAAAUAAACCCAAAGCGCUGCUAAAAAUAAAAGCGGCUGGGCUUUGUAGUCUUCCCUGUUUACAGACGUUGCAGACGUUAGAACAUCAAAGAUGGAACAGACCAAAGUCUCUUCUAGUCCAGCCUUCUGUUCACCAGCCAGAUUGAAAACAAUCCAAGGAACAACAUCUGCACUGAAUGCAGAAAAUCCCAGGUUUAAGUCCCGGCAUUUCCAGGUAUGCUCUGCUUCCACGAUUGGAGGCAUCAACCUUGCAUGUUUAGACCUUUAAGGUAAAGGUAAAGGGACCCCUGACCAUUAGGUCCAGUCAUGACUGACUCUGGGGUUGCAGCGCUCACCUCGCUUUAUUGGCUGAGGGAGCCGGCGUACAGCUUCUGGGUCAUGUGGCCAGCAUGACUAAGCUGCUUCUGGCUAACCAGAGCAGUGCACAGAAACGCCGUUUCCCUUCCAGCCGGAGCGGUACCUAUUUAUCUACUUGCACUUUGACGUGCUUUCGAACUGCUAGGUUGGCAGGAGCAGGGACCAAGCAACGGGAGCUCACCCUGUAGCGGGGAUUCGAACCGCCGACCUUCUGAUCGGCAAGUCCUAGGCUCUGUCGUUUAACCCACAGCGCCACUCUCCCCCUUAAAUAAAUUCAGACAAGUCUCAAAUUUUGGUUUGGUUUUUGGCAGAAUUUAGGCCACAACUUUAUUGAUUACGGCAAGUGAACGGUCGCAUAGGCUGUGGUUCGACUAGUUCUCUGCACCGUUGCAGGUAGCGCUGACCCAGGGCACCAGCAUAGGUCAGCCAAGGGUGAACACCUAGAUAAGCAGAAAGCCAGGAGCAGGGUAUCUCCACCACCUAAAUGCCCCCCUGGACUCAGGCACGGGCACAACCCCCUCUCAGGGGUUGACCAAACCAUCGAGUCCCUGGAUUUCUUUAACGGAAUACCCUUCACAUAGGGAUGGGAGAGCGUUCUCCCAUCCCUAUCACCUGAACCAGAGCCUAUCCGCAACCAUACAAGUUGUGACGAUUUGCUACACUGCAGGCGAAACCCAAAUAGCAACAGCCAAUCAGCCAAGUGGGGAAAAUUCCUGCCGUGUCCAUGUCCCAAUGACAGACGACACGUGACGGCAUAGCAAGGUCAAGCGCAAAGCCCUAAAUAUAGGGAGAGGUGGGCAGGUGUUCCGAUGCACGCACCGAAAGAGGAAGCUCUGGGUCAUGUGCAUGGGUAUAAAUAGGUCCCUUGAUCUGUUUAGCUUGAGUCCCACUGACCUGAUUGAACCCUGCAUCAAGGGACCUACCAAUUGGUUGUUGUGGCUAUCCAAACAUACCCACCCACAACACAGGGUUAGGUUGUCAGGUCUCACCACAACACAUGCCCUCUUUAAGGGAGGACCCGAUUUCUAAAAAGCAGUUGCUGGAACCCACAGGAGGCGAGAGUGUUGCUCUUGUGACGGGGUCCUGCUUGGAGUUUCGCCACAGGCAUUUGAUUUUCUUCUUCUGCCUAUUGUAGCAGCUGUAUUAACUGUGCUAGACGCUGUGUGGUUUUAAAUUGCUUGCCCAUAGCUACUUUUAUUUCUUCUUUUGUCAUUAUACGCAUCUUUAUGCACACUUGAUUAGUUGCAUUUAUAUCCCAUUUUUUUCUCCAAGGCAAACAUUCUUCUCCCAUUCCCCAUUUAACCUCCACAACCACCCUGUGAGGUAGGUUAGACUGAGAGACUAUGACUGGCCCAAGGUCACCCAGUGACCUUGAUGGCCAAGUGAGGAUUGCUAGCCCAACUCUCUAACCACUGCACCACACAGUCUCUCUUGAGCCCAGUGUGUACAUUUUUGUCCCCAUUACCUGCCUGAAAAACUGCUUUGAAAAUUCAGAUGGGUUUUGAAGGAUGGAAGUGUUUUGGUUUGAAAUGGCCUUAGCAUCACCUCUCUCCUUUAGAUGACUUAUGUUUAUUAAGACAAGAGUCUCAAAUUAUUUACCUGCAUUAUCUGCCUACUCUCCAAAAAAUAAAACAAAUGCCCAAUUAACAGUCACAAGGGAGCCAGAGAUUCACUUUCUUCUCUCUCUCUCUGUGAAUACCUUUUAUCAACAUCCCAUUUAGAGCAUCUGCCCCCAGAACAAUGGCGACAUUGAGGAGAAAGUAGACCUGUGUUCUCUAAAAAGAUUUGUUUUUCAAUAGAAUUCUUUCUGUGAAAAGAUUCCCCCGGAAUAAUUACAGAUUUGGUGUCAGAAUUAUAUGAAUUCCCAGCAAGCGUUCAGCAGGCUGGACAAUUACCCAAUAGCUCAAAUUACAUUUUAAUGCGUUUGCACGAGGUCGUUCCAAGAGUUCAUUUCUGGCCACGUUCCCAGGUGGACAAAAAGUUGGUUUUGCUUUACAUCGCACCCUUAGAAGAAGAAGCGUGAACCGUUUCUGAAUCCAGUACCAGAUCUAAUUGUGUCAUUUUGGAGAAGGUCACAUUCUUAUUUCUCUCUUUCCCAUUCGGAUAAAUUUGGGGCAGAGGGGAAGGCAACACUGUUUUUGUUUUUGUUGAUAUAUUAUGGUAAAGGUGAGAUUCAAAUCCAGCUCUCUUAAUUUAUUUAUUUAUAUUACUUACAGCUUUUAAAGCCUGCUCUGCGCUGAAUAGUUUCAACCCCAGAGCAGGGAAUCAAGUGAUAAAAACAAAGCAAUGCACAAAAUUAGCAAAAUAAUAUGAAUGAGCCGAAUAAACAACAAAUUAACAAUUCUGCCUUAAGGUAAGCAAGCAGAACAACAGUGACAAAAAAUAAGAAUACCAGCUUAAUACCAAAUACCUGGGUGUAAACACACACACACACACACACACACACACACACACACACGAUAUUAAGAUAUUAAUUCACACUUUCUAAAAUGACGCACUAACUGAAACACAGCUAUCCUUCAAAGCCAGCACUACUCUGAAUUUUGCAAUGCAGUUCUCCAGCAAAGCAACACACAUUCUAGGAUGAAACAUGCAUAAAGGUAAAAGUAAAGGGACCCCUGACCAUUAGGUCCAGUCACGGAUGACUCUGGGGUUGCGGGGCUCAUCUCGCUUUAUUGACCGAGGGAGCUGGCGUACAGCUUCCGGGUCAUGUGGCCAGCAUGACUAAGCUGCUUCUGGCGAACCAGAGCAGCACAAGGAAACGCUGUUUACCUUCCCACCAGAGCGGUACCUAUUUAUCUACUUGCACUGGUGUGCUUUCGAACUGCUAGGUUGGCAGGAGCAGGGACCGUGCAACGGGAGCUCACCCAGUCGUGGGGAUUCGAACCGCCGACCUUCUGAUCGGCAAGUCCUAGGCUCUGUGGUUUAACCCACAGCGCCACCCGUGUCCCUGAAACGUGCGUAAAAAGGCAUAUAUUUGCGAACAGAGAUAGAUGACACAAUCAAGGGUCAUAGCAACGGUUCCCACCUCAUCUCUUAUGUGGGGCAGCCAAUCCACUUGGUGCCAACAGACUCUCUGUGGCUUCUGAGCAGCUGAACACCUUUCUCUGCCACCCCACCCUGGAGUGGCAUGAAUCAUAGCCCGCAAGCAUCCAGAGGAGGAAACACGAAGCAAAUUGUCCACAGAAGCAACACAGCAACAAUUCCUAGACCUAACACAAAAGAAAAAGAGGGUGGCCAGAAGCCAUGGCUGGUUUUUUUCUUCCGUUCCCAGUCCUGAGGAUCCUCAUAGGCCUCAAUGUUGAUAAGGCUGCUCAGGAGGAAUGAGGAGGUGGAUCUGCUGGGCCUGCCCUUCUCUCUUCUCCUAACCAGCUGAUUUAUGUUCUCUGUUCAGCCUGCUUCUUGAACAUAUCCUCCAACAUUUCUCCGAUGAAAAUAGGGGUGUCCUAUUUAAUGUUGAUGAUGAUGCUAAUAAUAAUAAUACCUUUAUUGUCUUAAUGAACUUAAUGAAACAUUAAACAUUAAAAAACUUCAGAUGGCUUGGGGAUCGUAUGAAAAUAGAAAUGUCCUUCCAACAUUUCUUCAAUGAAAAUAAGGAUGUCCUAUUCAAUACCCUACAACAGUUCUCCACUGAAAAUAGAGAUGCCCCCUCCAACUUUCCCCCAAUGAAAAUAGGGACUUCCAACCAUACCCUCCAACAUUUCUCCAUUGAAAACAGAGACGUCCUAAGGAAAUUCGGGACAUUCAGGGAUCGAAUCAGAAACCAGGAGGGCUUCUGUAAAUCCAGGACUGUCCCUGGCAAAUAGGGACACUGGGAGGGUCUACCCUGGUAGGGCAUUCACUUUGCUUGUAGAAUGUCCCCAGAAUCAGUCCCAGAAUCUCCAGAUAGGGCUGGGAAAAGUCUCCCCAUCUGAAAUCUUAGAGCUGCUGCCAUUGACAUUAAUGAGCUAGGUGGACCAAUGAUCUGAUUCAGUAAAAGGCACCUUGCUGUGUUGCUCAUGGGUAGAGCAUCUGCUUGGCAUGCAGAAGGUUCCAGGUUCAACCCCCAGCAUCUCCCAUUAGGGUUUGACUGACUGAUUAUAUUUCUCCAUGGGCUCAUUCCGCUCCAGCCCCCCUGCCCUCUACUGCUGUAGCUGAUGGUGGUGCAUGUGGGUCAACAGCUGUGGGAGCUUGGACUUGAUGGCCGGGGUCUGCAGUGAGUGACAUGGUGCUAGCAGAGCAAACAGGGUGUGUUGGUCCCAGGGGGUUACCGUGCGGCAUGGUCCGAGGCCUAACUGGGGUCCAAGGUAGGGAGUCGGGCGUGGUCAGGAACUCGGGCAGAAAGCAGGACAGUGUGCCAGCACGAACAGGUAACCAACGAUGUUGCUCCCGCAACCUGGGACUGGGCUGACUGGCCUUUAACUCCUCUGAGGCCUAGGGCAGCCCCGGUCCACAGGUGACCCGCCUCUCCUGGCCUUAAGGCGAGCACUCCUCCUGAGAGAACUUAGUUCCCUCCGCCUCUCUGCCCUGAGUCUCUGUAGCUCAGGAGAGGCUGGAGGGUUACUGGACCCAGAGGCAACCUCACCUUCCCCUGAGAGGGCUGGGUCCUUGCAGGCAAUGGGUCCUUGAUCACCUCCGGAGCCAGAGCAGAUACAUCAGGUGUCUGCUCCUGAGGAUCUGGCACAGGUGCAGGCCCUUCAGAUUCAAGCGCCUGCCCCGGAGGCGGGGACUCCUGUGCAGGCUGGGAGUCCUCCAGUUCAGCCUCUGAAUCAGAUUCCCAGGCCAUCACACAGGGGGACCCCAGGAUUCUGAGUUGAGGCACUGCCUUGGACGGCUCUUCACCCUAUGUAUGCUGGAUCUGGUAGGCAGCAGCACACAAAAACGGAUCCAGACUCCUCACAAGUGCUUUCCCUCAGGUAGCGCUCAUCCCACACCGUUAAACCUGCACAUACUUUGUGUGGUGAGUUCCCAUUCCCCCCAGUGGAAAUAAAGACACAUGACACAAUUAUUAAGGUUAAUGGGCUAGAUAAGGCCACAACUUUAUUGGUUGCAGGUGAUGAGUGGUAUUGGCUUGGGCAUUGGUCCUAACCCACUAUAUCCUACUCCAGCCCAUCUGCUUGAAGUCCGGGAAGGGUUAACCACCAGUAGGGGGAGUCCUGCUGAUGCACAUCAACUAGGAACUCCCCCGGGGUCACUACUCGGGGGUGUGCCUUAGGCCCUCACCUCCAUAGGCUUCGGACAGGGCCACUCCCCCCGGAAUCCUUUAUCGGACUACCCUUCAAUAUGCGGGGCAGGUGAUGGUGCUUCCUCCCCUCUUCCAUCUACAAAACAAUACCAAUACCAAUGCCUAACCGCCAAUACUAAGAAAGUUGUGACGACUUGCUAUGAGGUAGGCGAAAACCAAGUGACUGGUAUGUGGGAAAAGAGGGAGAUCCCUGGCCGCGCCUGAGUUUAAAUCGGGCGGGCCACUUCCCCAAAGCCAGCCAAUUGGCUGGCCACGGGGUGACGCAGCCGGGGAUUCCCCCAAUCAUGCGGGGGCUGGGCCGUGACGCCUGCAAUCCCACCUCCUCUGCAGGGCAGAAGUGGUUUUCUCCCAAAUUGCCUCCCCACAAUAUUAACAUCUGUGGAGAUGCCCCACUUUCCCUCUGGGUACAGCUUUGGUUGAACGGCCCACAACACGAGACAGGGCAUUCGUGGUGAUGGCCCCCCACCCCAGUUCUGGAACUCCCUCUCAAAUGUCCCCCAUCUUAGCCUCAUUUCAGCACAAGGUGCACAACCCUUUUGUUUCCCCAGACCUCUGGAAUGCAAUCUUCCUUCUUGGCAACGCCGCAAGAAUGCCGUUGUUCCAUUAAAGUAAAUAGAGUUAUUGUGCCAUAUUAGUUUCCCUGCACUCUCAGGGCAGGCUUGAAGUAUGAAGAAAUAAAUAAAGAUCUGCACCUGUUAAUCGCUUUUGUGGGUGGGCUCCCAUAAGCCAUUACACCAGCCCUUCCUUGCCUUCCAGGUAGUGAGGCUCAGCAAUGCAAAGCUCAGAUUGUGUCAAGUAUGGUAACAAGAUAAGGGUUUAUUAAUUGUGCAACACUCUGCUACAGUAUUUCUCCCACUCUUCUCUCCCUCUGACCUCAUCCUUAGUAAUCCGUUUCUUUGCCCUGAGCACGGUGCCUGACAGGCCUCUCUCUGCAGCAGGCAAAGCCUUUUGCGGGAAAGCUAGAGAAAGCUUGUUUGCUCUUGCCCGAGAACAUCACCAGACAGCCGGGGCGAAGUCUCUUAGAGAGACGGUUUAGGCUGAAGGCUUUCACUUCCAUUUUUUUCAAGUUCAGGUCAUAUAAGGAAGUUCUGGUUGCUCGUCCGUUCCUCCCCCUUCUCCCCCCUUGACAAUUUGUGGCUGAAAACCAACAAUGUGCCUUUGUGUUCCUGCUUAGAUGGUGUCCCGUGUUGCUAAAGGGGGUGUCUUGGAUUGAAAGCGCUGAGUCCCAACUUCUGAGCAAAGGAAAUUUGGAGCAACUGAUCACUGCAUGGAUGGUGUUGCCUGGAUAUUGGAGCCCUCUGCUAACCUCUUGAUGGAUGUUGAUGGCAUUCUGCCGGAAAGUAAGGUGUCUGCCCCUAAGAUUGAGAUAGAAGAAAUGUUGGACGGUGCAGAUCCUGAGACGGGAGGCGGUGCUCCUCCUGACGACCACUUGCGGAACCUAAAAGCUCUGACAGAGAAACUGAGGCUGGAGACGAGGAGACCCUCCUAUUUGGAGUGGAAGGCCCAGCUGGAGGGGAUUGCAUGGAAAAGCCACCCGGAGCCUCCUGCGGAAGCCAGCCGGGAUGAGAAACCAAUGGAGGAAAGUGUUCCUUUAACAGAGGUGCAAGUUCAUAUCAAUGGAGGCUCUUUGAAAGCGCAAGUUCCGGUGAUGACCCGGGAGAAAAUCAGUGGCUUUGGAAAUAUUGAUGAGGCUCUCAACUGGCUCAGGAAAGAACUGGUAAGUUGGUUCCUGCUGAUGUUUAUUAACCUUUUAACUGCGUUGCUUCCUGACGACCUGUUUAUUGAGCAUUCGCCCUAUUUCUUUGUAGGGAGGUUAGACGAUGCUGGCUAUUUAAUGAGAAUCUGUUCUGAUUUGUUUGUGGGGAAGUUAGACGGCUUGGUGUCGAAACCAGUGUUAUCCUGCACUUACUGCAGCACUUUCCUUAUUGCAUAGAGUCUGACCUCUUGGGGAAACAGGUUUGUUGCACAAGGCCUCCCCAUCAGCAAUAAUUGUGCGGCCUGACCUUGCUGGCAUGUGAUUAAAUAUCACCCUCAAAUAGUGACAGCUUCGAAGUUCUGCAUGUUCCUAUGACUUCAGUGGGUCUAGUUUCUUAUGUGCGUGCACUGGAUUUCACCCUAAGGGAAGAAGAAAAAUCUCACCUCUCUUUAGUCCCAAUUAUUCACAGAAAACACACAACUCUCCCUCUCUCUCUCUCUUUUCAUUUUUUACUCUUUCCCUUUGUUCGUUUAUACAUGCAGAACCAUCAUUCUGUAAGGAAAGGAAAAACAAAAAUAGGCCUCUGCUCUCAAUGAGCUUACAGUCUGAACUUUUUUUGUUCCAUUUCCCCCCUCUUCCUUCUUGUUCCUUUCCCUCUAUUGUUCCUUCUUUUAUUUCUCUCCAUCCUUUAUGCAGUAAUCUGGCUGGCAUGCAUAACUUUAUAUACUCCUUCCAGCAGCAUUUAAGGAACUCCUUCCGAGCUGGAGAUUGCAAUAAAAUUGCAUACAAAUUCACUCUGUCUCUGAGCUCCCCUGCCCGACAUUCGGCUCAUUUGUGCUGGGGUUUUUUUUUGUGGGGGAGGGGGGUCUUCUUCUCUCACCUGCUUAUUUCGCCACUAUAACUAAAAGAAAAGAAAAGAGAUAACCUCAACAAUGUGACUUAAAAAUAAUUAAAUCUGGAGAGGGAUCAGAUCUCAUGAAUUCAUGGAAUCUUGUAUAACUGAGAGGGAUCUUGGAGUUCAUCUAGUCUAACAUUCUGAUCAAUAUGAGGUCAAUGGCAGCUUCCCUGUCUGGGGCCAAAUAAAUGCAGGCAUCGAAGGAACACCUGCCACCUCUGAAGACAGCCAGUUCAGCUGCCUAACAAUGUUUUUACCAUUUGAAAGUCCCUUCUAAAAUUUAGCUGAGAUUUGCUUCCCCGCCAUUUCCACUUAUUGGUACUAGCACUGUCCUCUGAAGCAACAGGGAGCAGUAGCGGAGCUUCAUGCUCCGGUACUGGGGGGCGGAUAGCAGGUGGGGGUGGGGCUGGUGUGCAUCCCGGGGGCGUGGCAUGACUCCUGGGGGUGUGGCACGUCACCUGUGGGGGCGUGGCACCCAGCGCAGGUGGGGGAACAGCCGUGAUAGCACCCCACCAGGAUCACGCUGCCAGGGGCCGUGCGCUCCCCCCGCACUCCUCUUCCUCCGCCACUGACAGGGAGCACAUGUGUUGCAUGUAGAAGCUCCCACGUUCAAUUCUUAAAGAAUUGGGAAGAGUCAGUAGAGAGGAAGGAGAAAUUAGAUUUGCAUUUCAGGGUGAAUCUAUGCAACUCACAAUUUCGGAAACGAUACACAAACCAAAGCGGAGGCAUCCUCUAAAAUCUGCACUUCUCUGAAUUUUGCAAUGCUGUUCUCCGGCAAAAUAAUGUGUGCAAAAAAAAAAGGAGAGUGCAUAUACUAGUGUGCAAAACUACAACUAAUCCAGAAUGCGGCAGUUAGACUGCUGACCAGGAGAGGCCGCCAAGACCAUAUAACACUGGUCCUGAAAGACCUACAUUGGCUCCCAGUACGUUUCCGAGCACAAUUCAAAGUGUUGGUGCUGACCUUUAAAGCCCUAAAUAGCCUUGGCCCAGUAUACCUGAAGAAGCAUCUCCACCCCAAUCAUUCGGCCCGGACACUGAGGUCCAGCUCCGAGGGCCUUUUGGCGGUUCCCUCCCUGCGAGAUGUGAGAUUACAGGGAACCAGGCAGAGGGCCUUCUUGGUAGUGGCUCCUGCCCUGUGGAAUGCCCUUCCAUCAGAUGUCAAGGAAGUAAACAACUAUCUGACUUUUCGAAGACAUCUGAAGGCAGCCCUGUUUAGGAAAGCUUUUAAUAUUUGAUGAAUUAUUGUAUUUUAAUAUUUUUCUGGAAGACACCCAGAGUGGCUGGAGGAAAUCCAGCCAGAUGGGCAGGGCAUAAAUAAAUUUAUUAUUAUUAUUAUUAUUAUUAUUAUUAUUAUUAUUAUUAUUUACAUAUAAUAGUGACAAUAGUAACAAGUAUUAGGUAUGUUAAGGGUUGCCUUUGCAAAAAUGUGCAUGUUAGGCAAAUAGGGCAUGCAAAGAUAUCUAUUUUAGAAGCAAUUUGCAUGAAAUUUCAGUUAUAGAAUUGCAGAAUUGGAAGGGACCCCAUGGGUCAUCUAGUCCACCCACUGCAAUGCUUUUAAAAUGCCACUGAAUUUCCAUGAGGACUUUUAAAUAAAUAAAACAUUGCAAACCGAUGUGGCACUGCAUUCAUUGUGACAUUGACUUCCUCGGAAGGUGGUGGACUCUCCUUCCUUGGAGAAUUUUUAACAGAGGUUGGAUGACCAUCUGUCAUGGAUGCUUUAGUUGAAAUUCCUUCAUUGCAGGGGGUUGGUCUAGAUGACCCUUGGAUCCCUUCCCACUCUAAUAUUCUAUGAAUAGCAGUGGAUUUCCAGGGUUUUAAGGCAGGUGGUCUCCCAGUCCCAGCCCUGGCUGGAGACGCCAGAAAUUGAACCCGGAACCUUCUGCACACAAUCUGGGUGCACUAACCACUGAGCUAUGGCCCAAGCACUCUUGCCCCCCCCAAUGAAGAGGAGACAGGUGAUGGUGGGUCCUAGAGAAAAUCCGUUGGCUGAAUUUCCUGUACUUUCAUGGUCAAAAUAGCUUAAUAGCAGUUUUGUGCUUCUCCUUCCAAUCGAUGUUAAUGCCUGCUGUAAUUGCGUGCAGCCUGGAGACCGAACAGAGGCUGUGAUUAUAAUGCCAGCCUCCGUUGAUUUAAUGGAAAUGCUGACCGGGGCCCUUUGCUGAAUUUAGAAAGGAGGACAGGCAGCAGGGAAUCUUCGGGUUUUUCCCUGCAUACCUUGAGACCGCUCUGCAGAGCUGGUGGCACCAUCGGAGCAGGACUUUGGGGGGGGGGGGUCCGUUUGGCAGAAGGAGGAGAAGCAGGGAGAGCUGCUCACAUGCUGAAGCCAAGUAGUACACACUGCGUGUUGAGGUCCCCAAGCCACCCCAAUAACUCACACAUCACACGUAUUUUUUGGUUUAAGGCUUUUGGCAUCAUUUUGGCCAAAACUUUAUUUAAAUACGGAACUGUGAGUGGUUGCUUAGGCAUUGGUUCUGACUAUCUGUUCCCCUGUCCAGGGACAGAACUGACUUCCGGAUUCCAGCAGAAGCCAGUCAGGGAAAACAAUAUUGGGGAGAAAUGAAGCUGGGCACCAGACCUUCACCUCUCCCCACAUGCUCCCAGAGGCCAGGGACUUGGACAAAAGCAUGGAAAACCCCUGGAUUCCUUUAACAGAAUUCCCUUGCAGCACCAGCAUUGGAGGGGUAGGGACUUACCCCUCCAACAACCAAUUUUUUAACCAAUGCCUAACCACAAACUAAGGGGGAGGGUGGCUCUGUGGGUUAAACCACAGAGCCUAGGACUUGCCGAUCAGAAGGUCGGCGGUUUGAAUCCCCACGACGGGGUGAGCUCCCGUUGCUCGGCCCCUGCUCCUCCCAACCUAGCAGUUUGAAACCACGUCAAAGUGCAAGUAGAUAAAUAGGUACCGCUCUGGCGGGAAGGUAAAUGGCAUUUCCGUGCACUGCUCUGGUUCGCCAGAAGCAGCUUUGUCAUGGUUUCAUAAAUCAUGGUGCAAUAAACCAUAGUUUAGAGCUAUGUACAAGUUUGGUGGAAGAAAUAUGUUCUGCUUUUUCAGACUUAUUUUCAACUCAGAAAUCUCCGCCCCCUUCCCUUGUAUAAUCCCGUCAAUUAGAGAGAGAGAGAGAGAGAGAGAGAGAGAGAGAGAGAGAGAGGAUAAUAGAAUCAUAGAAUUGUGGAGAUGGAAGGGACCACAAAGGGCAUCUAAUCCAACCCCCAGUAUGCAGGAAUCUUUUGCCCCAAAGGGGGAUCAAACCUAUGGCCCUGAGAUUAAGAAUAUCAUAUACAAAUGCCAGCUUCCUUGGCCCAGAAUGCUGCCUUCUGCCUCCUGCACCACAAUUAACCUGUCGCUGGUUCUUCAUCUAUUGCCAAAGGAGAAUCUGAUGUGUGAGAAAGUCGAUCUUUUUAUCUGGGACACCCGAAACCGAGCACCAAGUCUGAAGCCAGGGGACAGUAAUUCAGCGCUGGCACCUUUCCUCCGAGUCAGAGCUGUAAUCCUUUUGUCAACCAUCACAAGGCUUUGUCCGUUGCCCCUUUAUGCUCCUAUCCUGUGGAGAUCAGCUCCCCACCGACUCCCUUUUUUUGUUUUACAAUGCGAGAGAGAGACCCUUCUCACCCUGAAAGAGCAAAUGAAAGCUGGCGGGAAGCUUUAUCUCCCUGGGAAAGUUUGGCAACUGUUGGGCUGGAGCUGCUGAAGAACUGAUCCUCAUUCCCCCCUCUCAACAAAACAACGGCAGAGUCCCAUUGCAGAUGAAAAUAAGGUUGUAAGACUAUAGAUGCACAAGAAUUGGGGCCAUCUAGUCAAGAACUAUAGUUAAAGCUCUGUAUAGUUAAAGCUAUGGUUUUCCCAGUAGUGAUGGAUGGAAGUGAGAGCUGGAAGGCUGAUUGCUGAAGAAUUGAUGCUUUUGAAUUAUGGUGCUGGAGGAGACUCUUGAGAGUCCCAUGGACUGCAAGAAGAUCAAACCUCUCCAUUCUGAAGAAAAUCAGCCCUGAGUGCUCACUGGAAGGACAGAUCCUGAAGCUGAGGCUCCAAGACUUUGGCCACAUCAGGAGAAGAGAAGAUUCCCUGGAAAAGACCCUGAUGUUGGGAAAGAUGGAGGGCACAAGGAGAAGGGGAUGACAGAGGAUGAGAUGGUUGGAUAAUGUUCUCGAAGCUACCAGUAUGAGUUUGACCAAACUGCGAGAGGCAGUGGAAGACAGGAGUGCCUGGCGUGCUCUGGUCCAUGGGGCCACGAAGAGGCGGACAUGACUAAACGACUAAACAACAACAAAGUCAACAACUACUUUUUCCAUAAGAUCUAGAUGCCCUCGUAAUCAGAACAUCAUCAUCAUCAUCAUUAUCAUCAUGGGUCAUUUUGAAGUUAUCCCCACUGUUGAGAUCAACCACCUUCAUGCACCUUCAUGGUAUUCUUUUCAGGACUUGCUAAAAACAUUCCUGUUUAGAGAAGCAUACCCAGAUGCUUAGAAAGCCAAUGCAAUUCCAUUUUAGUAUUUUAAUUUUUGUAUGUGUUAAAGCGUAUUUUUUUCUUGAUUUUAUUUGUAAAGGGUUGUUGUUGUUGUUGUUUUGCAUUCAAGCCACUUGUAAAUUCUAUGAAAUUAACAAAUAACAAUAACUCUUAUAGGUGACUCGGAAACUUCAGCUUGUCCAAAAUGCAGUGGCCGGAUUACUGGCUGGGUUUCCAUUCUAGAUCUCAUAGAAGACCAGUUUUGAAAUAGCUGCACUGGUUGAGAGUGUGUUUCUGAUCCCAAUUCAAGAUGCUCACGUCACUAUUUAAAGCCCUAAAUGGCUCGGGCCCCAAAUACCCAAAACACGGUCUCCUUCUUUACAUCCCCUCUCAGGUGCCGCAAUCAGCAGAGGUGUCCAUCUCAGUACCUUGGAAGUUGAACGGAAUCCAUUCCGGAACUCCCUUCGACUUCCAAAAUGUCCAGAAACCAAAGCGCGGCUUCUGUUUGGCUGCAGGAGCUUCCUGCAGCCAAUUGGAAGUCCCAGAAGCUGCAUCGGACAUUCGACUUCCCAGAAAAAUUCAAAAACUAGAACAUGAUUGUUCAGGAGCCGAAACAUACAAGUACCAAGGUGUUUGACAACCAAGGUACGACUGUAGUUCCUCUGCCCUUAGAGGCAAGGGUGGUGGUGGUCCAGGAGAGAGCCUUCUCUGUGGUGGUUUUUAAAUCGUGGACCUCCUUCGCUACAGAGGUGCACCUGGUGCCUUCUUUAUACAGCUUCUGGAGAAGGCUGAAGAAACACCUCUUUGCCCUGGCUUUUGACGUUUGAGGUGUACGUUUUUAGGACGCAGCUUAUUCUUGUGAUUGCAAGUUGCUUCAAACUGUUCUUAACAGUGUGCUUUGAUGUUGCAAAUCACCCCGGGACCUUACGGAAGAAGAGUGUGCAAUAAAUAAAUAUUCUUGCCUACCUUUCACCCUAAGGCCCCAGAGUGGGUGACUACAAUUAAAAUGGAAUGUUAAAAAGCUUUUAACAGUAAUUAUUUUCAGAAUAUUUUUUUUCUGCUGUUUUUAAAUUGUGCAUCUGUUUGGCACCUCGGUUUCCUUGGGGAGGGAGGGCAGAAUAAAAAUCCAAUAAACAAAUUUGUUCCCUUCCCCCUUUCCUGGUUAAAGUUGCCGCUUUAAUCUUACCCUCCAACAUUUCUCUGAUGAAAAUAGGGACUUUUCUAAGGAAAAGUGGGACAUUCUAGGAUCACAUCAUAUUUCAUACCCUUCAACAUUUCUCAGAUGAAAAUAGGAAUGUCCUAAGGAAAGUGGGACAUUCAGGGAUCAACUCUGAGGUUGAAUCCUGACAAGACAGAAGUACUGUUUUUGGGGGACAGGACGCGGGCGGGUGUGGAGGACUCCCUGGUCCUGAAUGGGGUAACUGUGCCCCUGAAGGACCAGGUGUGCAGCCUGGGAGUCAUUCUGGACUCACAGCUGUCCAUGGAGGUGCAGGUCAAUUCUGUGUCCAGGGCAGCUGUUUAUCAGCUCCAUCUGGUACGCAGGCUGAGACCCUACCUGCCCGCAGAUUGUCUCACCACAAUGGUGCAUGCUCUGGUUAUCUCCUGCUUGGACUACUGCAAUGCGCUCUGUGUGGGGCUACCUUUGAAGGUGACCCAGAAACUACAACUAAUCCAGAAUGCAGCAACUAGACUGGUGACUGGGAGCGGCCGCCGAGACCACAUAACACCGGUCUUGAAAGACCUACACUGGCUACCAGUACAUUUUCGAGCACAAUUCAAAGUUUUGGUGCAGACCUUUAAAGCCCUAAACGGCCUCGGCCCAGUAUACCUGAAGGAGCAUCUCCACCCCCAUCGUUCUGCCUGGACACCGAGGUCCAGCACCGAGGGCCUUCUGGUGGUUCCCUCGCUGUGAGAAGCCAAGUUGCAGGGAACCAGGCAGAGGGCCUUCUCGGUAGUGGCACCCGCCCUGUGGAACACCCUCCCACCAGAUGUCAAAGAGAAAAACAACUACCAGACUUUUAGAAGACAUCUGAAGGCAGCCUUGUUUAGGGAAGCUUUUAAUGUUUAAUAGGUUUUGUAUUUUAAUAUUCUGUUGGAAGCUGUCCAGAGUGGCCGGGGAAACCAAUCCAGAUGUGCGGGGUAUAAAUAAUAAAGAAUAAGAAUAAGAAUAAUUAUUAUUAUAACUCAGAAACCUGGACGGCUUCUGUAAAUCUGGGGCUGUCCCUGGAAAGUAGGGACACUUGGAAGGUCUGCUUCAACCACUCAUGCCCCUUGACUAUGAAACUAUCCCUGCCUGCCUUUUGUGUUCCAGAUGGAAAUGCGUCUCCAGGACCAGCAGCUGGCCCGGCAGCUGAUGCGCCUGCGCAGCGACAUCAACAAGCUCAAAAUCGAGCAGACCUGCCACCUCCACCGGCGGAUGCUCAACGAUGCCACCUACGAGCUGGAGGAGCGGGACGAGCUCUCUGACCUCCUGUGCGACUUCCCGCUGACGUCCUCCUUCAGCCUCUCCACCCCGCUCAAGCUCAUUGGCGUGACUAAGAUGAACAUCAACUCCCGCCGGUUCUCGCUUUGCUAGAGGGAGGGGAUGGGAGGGCAGAGGGGCAGAAGCGGGCGCGGAGGGUGACCUUGCCGACGGAGAGGAGGAGAAGCUUGCUUGUCCUUUUGCUCGGCAGGGGAAGGCAGGUGAGGUCGGAGGACAAAGAGGGAAGGCGGAGCAGAUCUGGCAAGGGCUCUUCCACUGAUCCAGUAUGGCUGGGCGAUGGCAACAGUCAAGAUCAUGUUCCCAGAGUGCUUUGCAGGAAAGAUGGAGAAUACAAACAACCAGCUUCCUCAAGGGGAGGCAGAGAGGCUACCCUAACCCAAUACUUUCCUUCAGAAACAGUCUCCCUUCCCCGUGGGUGGAAUAAGGGUGUGAAGUAUGGUUACCAGACGUCCCCGUUUCCCGGGGACAGUCCCCGGAUUUACAAAUCUGUCCCCCGACAAAAUCCAUCCCCGGAUUUCAUUUAAUGUCCCCAGAUUUAUAUUUUAAGUGUUGUAGAUUUAUUAGUAGGGAAUGAAUGUUGCGUGAUUGGUUCAACGGCAGAAGACACAUCAAAUGGGGACUUCUGGCGAGGCAAAAUGGCGAAUGCCACGGCAGCGGGCAGCUCCUGAAGCCAGCCAGAGCCAACUGCACUACUAGGCUGGCUCCGGGCUACUGAGACUGCCGCUGUUGCUGCCACUGCUGAGGGGGAACCGGGGACGCCCUCUGCGUCAACUGGGGGAACUGCUGCCCCCCCAAUGACCCAAAUCAAGCCGGGAGCGAGAGCACCUGGCCACCCAGCCGACUGCCUAGCGCUGCUCCGGGGCCAGGAAAACCCUGGAGCUGACACAGUGAGAAGGAAGAGAGAGAAAGAGGAAGGAGAAAAAAGAGGGGAGCCCCGACCUUGCCGCACCGCUGAGGACGAGAGGUAGGAGAGCACUGGGAGGGCAAGGACACGUGGCCGAGCCCAGGCCCAACCUGAGCCUACUCCAUGGCGGCUAGUGCUCCAAGAGAGCAGGUCAGAGCCCAGAGGAAGGCCGCCUGACAGAGGAGACCACAAAAGAGAAGAUAUUACUUCUUAAUUUUUUUAAAAAUAACUUUUUCUCUCUUUUUUUUUUUUAAAAAAAGUGUCCCCGGAUUCUUUGAAAAAAAUCUGGUAACCUUAGUGUGGAGAGAUGGCAUGGACAUCCAGUUGAAGUUGAAUGGUCACUGGGGCCAAGAUAAGGGAGUGGUCCUUCAUGCAUUGCCCAAUUAAUCUGCCUUUGUGGAAUUCCACACCACCUGUGACCUUAUCGGCAUCCGCAUUGCCGCAAGUGAAGAAGUAACUCUGUUGUCCUGUUCCUGUCCCUUCCAUCAUUUUCAUAGGGAGAUCCUCUCAAAUAGAGAAGAGUGCUGCUCUCAUUUAUAUAGAACUCUAUACACAUCUGUCACCUUGUUCUUCAUUUGUUCCCUCCGAAACUAAUCCCCGACACCCUGCAUUUAUCCUUUAUCUGAGGGGAGAAUGGCUGCCAGUCAGUGUAGACAAUAUUGCGCAAGAUGGAUCCAUGGUCUCAGUCAGUGUAAGGCAGCCUCCUAGGACGUUCCUGUGGGAAACAGUGAGAAGUGACGGCAGCCAGCAUGGCAAAUGGUCGGGAUGAUAAGAGCUGUCCAGAGUACCUGGUGGAUUCAUUGGCAAUAAAAGUUGGGGUCCUGGCUAAAGCCACUGUUAGGAGUUCAGCCUACACUCGAGUAGGACCCUGGCAGAGACACAUGCCUGACUGGCAUGUUCUCUCCCUCCUGGUCGAUCGUUCGGGAGCUUCAUAAGCUUUCUUCAGCCCAAACAUCACAGCGACCUAUGCCAACCAACACCGGCACAUUUAGAGAUCUGCAGAGUCUUCGCAGCUUUGCGUAACAGACCUCAGCAACUCAGCAUUUUGGCUAAUCUACUUUAUUUACAUAAAAACACACAGGGAGCACUGCAACAUGGCUCCCUCUCUCUCUAGCAUCAGACAGCAAAGAGAAAAAGAACAAAGGACAAUAGUCCCACUUCACGGAACACAGUAACACAAACAUCCUGUCUCUGUCCCUUCCCUCUCUGUGGAGUCAAAACAUAUAUCAUCAUGUGAAAGACAACAAUCCCAUGAUUGCAAUCAUGGAGCAGGAAUUCUAACAGCCACUUGGCACUCUGUGUCUGCUACACAUUGUUUAAUGGGUACUUUGGCCUGAUUGUAUCACAUGCUGAGUAGAAUACCUGGAGAGAAGCCCAGGGACGAGAUUUUAGUUGCCACUGCCUGUUUCCACGUGGAUUGAAAAUCAUCAUUCACAGUUAGUGGGGCAAGGCCAAGGCGGAAAUAAAGGUAGUCUGAGCCAAUAGUUGAGGGUGGUCACCCACACUCUAGCCUCCACUUUUGUGAAAAACUUUAUGGAAUAAUUUAAAACAUCAAAAUUAACACAAUCGCAUGAGCACAGUUCCAGAGUAUUUUUCAUUCUCAUGUAUAUUAUAUCUAUUCAAAAAAAGUUUGGUUAAUGAAGAAAUUACAUAUCUUUCUACUUAUGAGUGUUGAACUAAUUGGCCGAUGAAGAAUUCAAUGAAACAGUAGUUGUUAUCUGAAAACACUGUUCAGCAGAGUUCAAAGUUGGACAUCAGAAUUGGACAUUUGCUGAUUAUACAAAGCUUCACAGCUUGCUCUCCACCGGGUAAAGUCUGGCACCGUGAUUCAUUUAAGGACUUUCAGAGACUUUCAGAGACUUCAGUUUGUUAGUUUUGAUGUUUUGAAUUCUUCCAUAAAGUUUUUCACAUUGUAAUUGUUUCUGGCCAUCGUGUUGCUUUUGAUAUUGCUGACUCAUAUUUUGCAACACAGGGGUUUGUUUGUUUACUCCACUUUUGUGAAGCCUGUCUCUAGUCUCACAUUUUGGGACUUGAAGGGCUGAUCUUAGAAAUUUGGAUUGUACUAGUUUUAGGGGUGCAAAAUUGGAGAAGGGGCCCCACUGAGCACCACAGAGAAGUUGAGAGCUAUCCAGCAACACCCAAAGAACUUCAGGUUCUUCACCCCUGACUUAAAUCACCUACGUAGUCCCUUUUCAUCCAGGCCUCACCAUCAUAAUUAACCCCUCCCCCUAAUACUCCAAAUCAUCUCUGCAUCACACCAUCUCCACCAAUUUUACGUCCCUGGAUGAUUUUGACCAACUGUACCUUUCUUGGGCAGCCCCAAAAGUGAAACACCCCAAAGAUUUGGCUCCUGCCCUUGUACAUGUUAGCUCAGAGCUAAUCCCGAUUCAGUUCAACGGCACUUACAGUCAGGUAAGUCUUUAUAGAGCUGUUGCAGUCUGGGAUACAUUGCAAUGAUACGCUUGCUUGCACAAAAACCAGCGUUCGAAUUUCCAGGAACUUUGCAAAUUUGGAAACCCAUGUCAAAUUCCUUUGCUAAGAAUAAAUUUCCAUGUGGGUAGGUCCUUGGUUUUGCACAAAAUGCGCCAGAAACAUGGAGACUGCUUUGUGUCUGUUUGAGAUAUGUGUGGGAUUCUGAAAAAAAAAAAAAUCAUUUCCCAUUGGAAUCAGGAAUUUGAGUCUUCUCUUUUUUUGUGUUUCAUUGGAGGCAAGGGAGGAAACUGCAGUGGAAACUCAAUAAACAAUGCACAAAUGAAAUUGUUUCAAUCUUGGGCUAUAUACACCUUAAUGGUAUAAAGCAUAGAGAGGUCAUUCCCCCCCUUUUGCAUUUCAAUUUGCUUUUUUACAUUCCUAUAUGGACCUGAAAGAGGAUGGGUGGGGAUCUUCUUUAUCCUAUGCCCUUCACCAGAUUUGCUUCCUCCCACCAAACUCCAAUGAUGAUGAUGAUAUAUUAUUUAUACCCUGCCUAUCUGGCUGGGUUUUCUUCAUCAUUCUGCCCGGACACUGAGGUCCAAUGCCGAGGGCCUUCUGGCGGUUCCCUCACUGCCAGAAGCAAAUCUACAGGGAACCAGGCAGAGGGCCUUCUCGCUAGUGGCACCCGCCCUGUGAAACGCCCUUCCAUCAGAUGACAAGGAAAUAAACAACUACCUGACAUUUUGAAAACAUCUGAAGGCAGCCCUGUUCAGGGAAGUUUUUAAUGUGUGACAUUUUGAUGUAUUUUUUAAACU